UUAAUAUAUGUUAAUAACAUUUUAAUUACUAUGUUACUUAAUUAGUCACUUUUAAAAUUGUAGGGUUGCAAUAACGUUAUACAUGUAAGUAAACGAGAGGUUGAUCAUCAUCAUUAAUAAUCAGUGUGCAACAUUAGUAUGUUACGUCUACUAAUAUUGCUUUGUAUGCCUGUUCUGUAUGCUCAGAUUAAUUUCCAACAGAUACUGGCAUGGAAACAGCUUCCACGAAGAUGUAGAAUACCACCAUAUACAGGCACCAGCCCAUUAAGCCAUAUGAUCAAGAUACCGAUGUUUUAUUACAGUUCACAAAGUGGGCGAUGUGAAUCAUUUAAUUACAGUGGAUUAGGGAAGAGCAAAAAUAUGUUCAGAAACCCAAUUGAUUGUCUCAGGAAAUGUGCAUGCUACGCCCCAAUGGACGCUGGAACGUGUACUAAUUCUACUACCGGAACAACUCGAUACUACUACAAUAGAAUGUUCAAAAUGUGUACUACAUUCAAGUUCUCUGGUUGUGAAGGAAAUGAUAAUAACUUUUCAGAUUAUGUGAGUUGUCAUAUCGCUUGCAAUAGACGUCGUGCUGAAGAUCUGUAAAUCUCAAGGAUGACAUGAAAGUCUUGAACAGAUCAACUGUACAAAAAAAUAAAAGAUACCAUGUCUGAAGUGUGCAUAUCUAAUACACCACAUAUGUCAGAUA